UUUGUUUUGACUCAAAUAUUUUUGUCGAGAAAAUAAUGAUAAGAACAAUCGUAAGUCAAAAGGGCAGAGUUUAAGAUAACCUCUUUAAUUACCAUACAUAAAGAAGCUGGAAUACUGCUUCUUGGCUUAGUGGGAGUACGCUUGUAAACGUCAAAAAUGAAGCUCCUCAUUCUAACAAUAUGUGCGUUGCACGUCAACCAGAUGAUGGCAUCAAAAGACUGCGUAGUGGUCAACGGCAAGAACUACGAGAAAGAAGUACUGAAAGACAACAUACACCAGGCAUACCAAUUAAGCUUCGAUCCUCAACAAAACACUCUCUUCUUCAGCUACUCUGACGAAGUAGACUCGAAGACUGUUCUAAAGAUGGGCUAUCUGAACCUAGCCACCAAAUCUUUUGGAGAGAUAUCAGGCGUCAAAGACGGAAUGGCCACCGCAGUCGACACUACAAACCAUAUAGUAUAUCUCGGAGGUAAAGAUGGAAUUUACACCUACGAUUACGCAACGAAAUCUGUGAAGAAUUUAGGAGUGACAAGUCUUAGUAUUUGGCAAAUGUUUUACUGUCCUAUCCACGGAUUAUUCUUCACGACCUCUGAUGAGAAACCUUAUGUCUUCAAGGAUGGACAAGUGAAACAGAUCGUUGAAGCGAGCAGCUCGAAGACAAGGGUGAUGGCAGUGGGAGAGCACCAUGACGUAUUCUUCGCUAACUCUUCAGGGAUAUUCUUAUUUAAUCACCAUACUAAUAAAGUUGUUGACCUCGGUGAUUACAAUGUGAAUGCAUUUACUAAGGACAGUAAAGGAAAAUUAUACUUCUCUAGCCCUGUAGGAUUCUAUGCGGUUAAUGAGGCAGAUAGAAAGAUGAAUAAGCUGAUUUCGGAGACAGGAGAAGACAGUAUUUGGGGAGCUGCUUUUGAUAAAGAUGAUAACAUUGUUUAUUCUAAUGAGGAUAAUAUUGUUAAACUGGUACCUAAAGACAAAUGCUAAAAAAGUUAAAUCCAUGUACUUGAUAUCAUGAAUAAAUGAUUUGGAUAUUCAAUUUUA